GUUCCUGGAGUAUCUGUCAGACCUGUGCGUCUCUAACAACGUAGCCAUCCCCAUCACGCAGGAGCUGAUUUGCAAUGCUGUCCUCAAUCCCAGGAACUUGGACAUCCUCUUGGAGACGAGACUCGUGAAGACACAGGUGGAGGUGGAGAGAGACGACGUGCCCCACGGAGACCUGGUCGCGUACGAAGAGGAAGAGGAAGUCUUCCUCUACUGGGACAGCGGCAGGAAGAGCAAGAGCAUCCGGGAGCUGGCUAUGGGAGCCUCCAGCGGGAAGUCAGAGGACGCGAAGAUACUGCAAUACUACAGGUACCAGCUGGAUCUGUUCGCUAAGAUGUGUUUGGACAGACAGUACCUCGCCAUUGACAAGCUCUCUCCUCAGUUAGACAUCGACCUAAUCCUCAGGUGCGUCGAGGACGCGGCGUUGCCUCACGACCUUCGUGCGUCCUUCUGCAACCUCAUGGUGCACAUGCACAUCGACCGCGAUCCUCAGGAGAUCGUGAUGCCAGUGAGAUACGCUCGCCUGUGGAAGGAGAUACCGGAGCAACUCAGCAUAGCAGACUACGACGGCGGACACUCGAAGGAGACCGAAGGAAGUCGGCCGAAGUUUCUGGAGACGAUUCGGUUCGUUGAGCAUUACCUGUGUGAGCUCGUUAACCACAGCUGGCUGUUCUCCAACAAGGAGCAGAACAAACUUACCUACCAG